AUGGUGGACACUAAUGGCAGCGCUGUGAAUAUAUUUAUUUAUCAGAAUUUUGUCAUAUUGGAACUGGAUGGGGGAAUUAUAACAAAGCUGAUGGUAGUAAUACUGAUCACUCUGUUAUCUGUAUAUGUAAACUGUGUCAUGCUCUAUGCUCUUAAAACUAAGCGUGUUUUUAAGGAAUCUCCACGCUACAUUCUCUUUGCCCACAUGCUUUUCAAUGACUCAGUUCAGCUCAUUCUGACCACUCUGGUGUAUGCCCUGGCCGUGGCUUUCCUCAAGCUGGCUAAAGCUGUCUGUUCACUCCUCAUUUUUCUCUCUACUGCAACAUUUCGAAAUGCACCUUUUAACCUGGCUGUGAUGUCACUGGAGCGUUAUGUGGCCAUACGCUUUCCACUAAGACAUGCUGAAAUAGCCACCCAGAAAAGGACUUACAUUGCUAUUGGCUUUGUUUGGUUAUUUGGCUCUGCAAAUAUUUUGAUUGACAUCAUGUUUGCAGCAGUGGUGGAUCCUAACUUCUUCUACAUGCAGAUGUAUUGCUCUCGUGAUCAGAUCUUCAUAAAACCAUGGCAACUCGAUGUAUUCAAUGGAUGCAAUGUGUUUCUCUUUGUAUCAGUGACACUGACCAUUGUCUUCACCUACAUCAGCAUUAUGAUCACAGCUAGGUCCAUGUCCUCCAAUAAAGACUCUGCUAAGAAAGCCCACAGGACUGUACUGCUGCACCUCAUUCAGCUGGGCCUGUGUCUCAGCUCUUUUGUAUAUGGCUCUAUAGAGAGAGCACUGUAUUUGAUGAUGGGUGGUACUGUUCUUUAUACACACCUACGAUAUCUGUGCUUUGUCAUCAUCGUGAUACUGUCCCGCUGCUUGAGCCCUCUCAUCUAUGGGCUUAGAGAUGAUGCUGUAAGACCUUUAUUCAAAUAUUAUUUCUGCUUCGGCUCUACCAAAACAGCAUGCUAG